ACAGCUAAAAAAAAUGACAAGAACCACACAAGUUACCGUUGAAAGCCUUCUAAAAAAAUAGAGGUGUUUCCUAGUACACCCAAUUCUUCCUUCCAAAGCAAACCACAAUCUCACACACACACACACAAAAAUAAUCUCCAUUUAAACAUCAAUUUUACUUAAUCUUUUUAAAAAUAUUUUCUUGAUGACCCUCAAAGCACAAUUCAUCAAAAGCCUGCAAUCUCUUUGAAAAUGCCUUUGUCAUCUCUUUCUUCUUCCAUGUUCCUUAAGGUAAUUAACGUUGCCUUGGCAACCAUUUUAGCCACAGCCUUGAGCUUUUCACGCAAUGUCCAGGCUGAUUUCGUGAAGCCGGCCGUCAUAGACGCUCCUUUGUUGACGGAAAAAAUUGCCACAAAUAACACCAUCUUAGUUGAUAUCAAUGGCGAAGGAGAUUAUCGCUCUAUCCAAGAGGCCAUAGAUGCCGUUCCUGAGAAUAAUUCCAAAUGGGUCAUCAUCCAUAUAAGAAAAGGAGUCUACAGAGAAAAGGUACACAUUCCAUGUAAUAAACCUCAUAUAUUCAUGAGAGGAAAUGGAAAAGGAAGGACGGCCAUCAUCUGGUCAAUGAGCUCAACUGAUAACAAGGAAUCUGCCACAUUUACUUCAGAAUCCCCUCACCUUGUUGUUUUUGGUAUCAGUUUCAAGAAUGAGGCUCCCACAGGGGAAGCGUUUACCUCUCAAAACCAAUCGGUGGCAGCAUUUGUAGGAGCAGACAUGAUUUCAUUCUACCAUUGUGCAUUCUACAGCACACACAAUACUUUAUUUGAUUAUAAAGGCAGGCAUUACUAUCACCAUUGCUAUAUACAAGGCUCAAUCGACUUCAUCUUUGGCCGUGCAAGGACUAUUUUUCAUCAAUGUGAGAUUUUUGUAAUUAUAGACAUGAGAGUGAAGAUUCUUGGAUCCAUCACAGCCCAUAAUAGGGAAUCAGACAACGAUAGUGGAUUUGUUUUUGUUGAAGGGAGGGUUUAUGGUGUUGGUCAUGUUUAUUUAGGAAGGGCUAAAGGUGCCUAUUCUAGAACUAUUUUCGCAAAAACUUACCUUUCUAAUGCAAUUGCACCACAAGGCUGGACUAGUUGGAGCUACCUUGGAGGCACUAAAAAUAUUUUCCAAGCGGAGUACAAAUGCCAUGGACCAGGAGCUUUUACGUUUAAUCGUGCCGAUUGGGCGAAACAACUCACAGAUGAAGAAGCUGAACGCUUCAUGUCCAUUGAUUUCAUUGAUGGCAAGGAAUGGCUGCCAGCCUGGAUGUGAAGUUGUUAAAUUGUAGCAUACACCAAAUUAAUUUUGUUUUAUUUUUUAUUAAUUUCUCUACUGCAGAUUUAUGUAUAGAUUUACAACUAUUUCUUCUACUCAAAAAAUGCUGAUGAGAA